CAAAUGGUCAGUGUCGAUGUAUUUUAUUCGCGAGUAAUGGUCUGCAGUAAUGCCUAUGGACGGAAAACACACAACUCGGGCUGGGGCGUCUGUGAUUCGUGGAAAUGCGUGUACUUUAUGGAAUGGCGCGAUGCCAUUGGUCGACCGGAUAAAGCGCCAACCAAUCCGAGGCGUGGACGCGGGAUCUGCCUCGGCGUCGACCCGGCCAAGCCCUUGGCGACGAGAAUCAGCCGUACGACGCGGGGCCGCAGAAGGCCCACGGCAUGAGCGUGUCGGUCGACAGUGCGACGUUGACACCCAGCAUCCAAUAGUAUGGCUACACCACUUCCUGCUCGACCGUGGUGGAAACAGCAGAUCGCGCUCCUUUUCGCUGCCUUUAGGUCGUCGGAUGCACGAACCAUAUCGAGCGUGGGAGUGUACCUCGUUUUCUGC